AUGGUUCGGUUGGCUGCGAAGUCGUGCGAACGCAGGCGUUGUCGCAGUCUAGCUCAAACGCAGCAAAGGUCUAGUGGACCUUUAUACGUGCACAAUACCGCUUUUUCACAAGGGCUGACACACACACAUCAUCCUUUCAUGGGUCCGAUUGUCCGCGCUGUUGCGAAAAGCAGUGCUCCGAAAAAGUCCACUCGGAUAGGGGCGGUAUCCCUAAAAUUGCGGGUUUUGGGGUCGCAGAUCCGAAAUUCCGAAUUAACCAGAACCUCAUUGCGAAAAAGAAAGCGGGGGGUCCGAAAAGCAGGAGAGCCUAUGGAUGUGGAUGACGUGCCCAUGGAUGUCGACCAAGAAAACCGGAUGGAUAUCGAUCAAACCGAUCUCUCGCUAGAUGUGUCGUCAUUCUCAUUCUGCAGGGAAACGAAGCCUUACGAAGCCGUUCCCAACCCUGGUGUUCAUCCAAUAUAUCAAACGAUGAUCUUGGAUAGAUUCAUGGUGCAGUUUGAAGCUUUCGUUGAGCAAGCUCGACGAGAACACCUCCACUCUCUCUUUCUCUUAACGCAAUGUAAUAAGAACGUCCGCGAGCAACUGGGUUGCCUCGCAAACAGUCUCCAAACCCUCCCGGUAAGUAUUCUCAGUAGGAAUAUGUCGAACGUGAGCGGUGCAGAUCAUACUCAAUUACUACAAACCGCCAAUUUAAUAUAUUUUGUCUACUCCCACCCUACUCGCCCUUACGGCGGCGCCUUCGAGAUCUACAUGUACGAUGAUACUCUCAAUUAUCUCGUAAGGUACUCUUCAACUUUUGCAUCUUUAUGA